UAUAAAACACUUGUGAAACAGUACAUUGAGCAAUCAGCAGCAUUCACCACUGCCAGAUUGGUAUCUGAUUCACUGGCAAACUAACACCAUGAGGUUUUACAUGUUUGUAAUUGCCUUUGCUUUGUUUCUUUUGAAAGGAAUAAAUACGAGUCCGUUUUCACAGAACAGCCAUGAUACCUGCAGCACAUGGGGACAAGGAGCGAUCAAAACAUACACCAAUGCAUUUUAUCAUUUUACAUCAAAUUGCGACUACAUUUUGAGUCGCCAUUGCCAAGAUGACACGGAAGAUUUCAAUUUGGAGAUGCGGCGUGACGCUAAUGGCAAGUUGGAGCAUAUUUUCAUAAACAUUGAAGGUGUUUUCAUCGUUGUGGCAAAUGAUACAAUCAAGGUUAAAAACAAAAUAGUAUCAUUGCCAUAUAAUGACAAAUUGAUCAGUAUUCAUCCAUAUGGAGUAGAUGUACGCUUUAUGAACAGGAAACAUACUAUAUCUAUCAUCUGGAAUUAUAAUGAUGCACUGUCGAUAACCGUCGAUGUUCAAUACCGUGGGAAACUAUGUGGCCUUUGUGGACCUUAUGAUGAAAGUAUCCCAACAACUUAUGAUUUGGAGUUUACCCUUCAGGCCAACCUGGAUACAAUUGGUGCCUGUGUGACUGCUUUCCCAGAAGAAACUAGUUGCAAUACAACUGACAUCUGUUUAGAAAUCCCAAAGUUUUUCAAGUCGUGUUCUUCUGAUGCCAUCAACGAUAAUUUCAUAAACAUGUGUCGACUGGAUAGUUGCGCUUGUGGAGGAGCACCCGACUGUCAUUGUGCCAGCUUUGGAAGAGCAUCAAAGCAAUGUGCACAUGUAAAUCCAUCGAUUUGGAAUGCAUGGAGAGAUUUGCACCAAUGCACACGACCUACCUGUCCAGGGAAUCAGGUUUACCAAGAGUGUGGUCCUGCCUGUAUGCCUACCUGCACUGAUCCAUAUUCUCAACAGCAGUGUGAUCAAUGUAUUAAUACAUGUAGUUGUCCAGCAGGUACUGUUCUUGAUAACCUAAGAGGUAAUAACAGGUGCGUCAGACAGAUGGAUUGUCCUUGUGAAUAUGACGGAAACCUUUAUAGCUCUGGAGAAAUAAGAAAUUCUUCCUGCCUAUCAUGCACCUGCGGAGAUGGAAUGUGGGAAUGUACCGACCUUAACUGUGCUGCAACAUGCAGCAUUGUAGGAGGGACACAUAUAACAACAUUUGAUGGCACACAAUAUAACUUGAUCGGAGAUUGUUCAUACUAUGCAGUAGUUACACGGGACUGGUCAGUAAAAAUUCAAAUACAUCCUUGUCAGGCAGCAUAUGAACAGACAUGUUUACAACAAGUUGCAUUCAUCAUGUACCAGAACACUUACACAAUCAAUAUGAAUGGUAUUUUUACUCAAAAUGGAAAUAUGAUGGGAUUGCCUUUCAGAAACGGUGAUUUAAUAAUAUAUCAACAGUCAUCACAUUACAUUCAUUUCCAUGCCGUGUCUGGACUGAGGAUGCAAAUACAGAUACUUCCCAUCAUGCAACUUUACAUCUCACUGCCCAGAGGUGCUGAGGGAAGUACAAAAGGUUUAUGUGGCACCUUCAAUGCUCGUGCAGACGAUGACUUUCUAUCUGCCUAUGGCAUGUUGGAAAACACUUACUUUACAUUUGCUGAUUCGUGGAAAGACACGGAGGGAUGCCCUUCACCAAGAGUAAAUCCCACAUGUGUCAGUUCAGAAAAUGAAAUCUUUGCAAAAGAACAUUGUGCCCAGUUAAAAAACCCUACAGGAGCUUUCUCCAAGUGUCAUUCUACUGUAGAAUUUAACAAGUAUUAUGAAAUGUGUAAAGCUGCCUCAUGUAACUGUGAGAAGGUCAAUGACUGUGUAUGUGCUACAAUCGGAGCAUAUGCCCAUGCUUGUGCUGCGAAGGGUGUCAUCGUGAGGAACUGGAGAGGAUCAGUGUGCAGAGUAAAUUGCCCAAUAACACAGAUUUUUCAUCACGAUAUGAGAGCCUGUAACCGUAUGUGCAGGUUUCUGUCAAAUCCUGAUUUCACAUGUGAGCUUCAAGAUGUUCCAGUUGAUGGUUGCGGCUGUCCUGAGGGAAAGUACAUGAAUGAUGAGAAAGCAUGCGUGAGCAGAUCAGAAUGCCCUUGUUAUGUUGAUGGUUUAUUUCUGCCACCCGGACAAAGUCUUACUUUAAGUGGAACGCAAUGUUUAUGUCUCAAUGGAGAGAUUUCGUGCCCUCAUGCAACAAUUCCACCAAUCAUACGAGAUUGCACGAGACAAAAUAAAAUAUUUUCGAAUUGUGUCACUGCUGGUGCAUGCAAGAAGACAUGUGAAACGCUGUACAAACCAUGUCCAAACCCAUGUAUCCCGGGCUGUGUCUGCCCUGACGGUUUGGUGGAAGAUUCCAGUGGAAGAUGCAUUGCACCACCUCAGUGUCCUUGUGUAUUUGGAGGUGAAACCUUUGGGGCUGGAGAAACAAUCAAAAGGGACUGCAAUAAGUGCACAUGCAAAAUUGGCACAUGGGAAUGUACCAAUGAUCCAUGUCCAAAGACAUGCCAUGUUUAUGGAGAUGGACAUUACAUCACCUUUGAUGGAAAGCGAUACACUUUUGAUGGCAACUGUGAAUAUAUCUUUGUUGAGGACCGAUGUGUGCGAGAGAUUGGCACAUUCCAAAUACUGACCGAGAGUGUUCCCUGCUGUGAAAAUGGAGUGACAUGUUCAAGAAACAUCAGAAUCAUAUUUGAGGAUAAAGAAAUAAUUCUGUUGAGUGGCAAUAGAGUGAGUGAAGUAUCCCUUGGCAAAAACCAGUGCACGGAAAAUUUAUAUACAAUUCACAACGUUGGACUUUACUUAGUCAUAACAUUUUCCAAUGGGAUAACUGUGAUAUGGGACAAAAAUACAAGAUUUUCAAUCACAUUAGACCCCAGAUGGAAGAAUAAAGUUUGUGGCCUUUGUGGAAAUUUCAAUGAAAACAUUGAAGACGACUUAACAACGAAGGGGAACUCCUUGGUGACCAGCUUUAUGGUCUUUGGGAACAGUUGGAAGUCCAUGCAGUCAUGCUCUGACACAGUAAACGAAAUAUACCCAUGUGAUAACAAUCCAUAUUGUUUAGCAUGGGCUCAGAAGAGGUGCAGCAUAAUUACUGGCCCAGUCUUUCAAGCUUGUCAUAAAAUGGUUAACCCAAACCCAUUUUAUGAUGCUUGUGUCCAAGAAGCUUGUGUUUGUGAUAUGGAGGGAAAAUACCAGGGUUUAUGUACUGCUAUUGCUGUGUACGCAGAGGCUUGCAACAAGGCUGAUGUUUGCAUUCGCUGGAGAACCCCCGAAUUCUGCCCUGUAUUCUGUGACUAUUAUAACAGUCUUGGUGACUGCCGUUGGCAUUAUCAGCCGUGUGGAACAACAACAACAAAAACUUGCACAAGGAAAAAGUACUCUGCAAGUCUAGAAGGUUGCUAUGCAAAGUGCCCAGAUAAUGCACCUUACUUGGAUGAAAAUAUUAUGAAAUGUGUUACACUACCACAGUGCACAUGUUAUAAUGAUGGGAGAAUACUACAACCUGGUCAAACAACAAUAAGUGAUUGUGAAGAAUGUACAUGCCAUCAUGGAAUCACUACUUGCCAAAGAAUAAAGACCACAACUGUUCCAUCUACAACACUGUUGACCACAACUCCACUUACAUCAACUUCAACAAUGUCUUCACCAAUCACUAGCCCAGAAGAAACAUCAACUGUGACAUCCACCAGCAUUCCUUCCACAACAGUGCCAGUCUGUUUGGGUGUAUGGUCUCCUUGGUCUAAUAACCAUACACCAUCAGCGUCAUCUCCAGAUGAUUAUGAAUUGUUGAAACCAUAUGGCAUUAAAUUGUGCCCAUCUACUUCCUAUGAAAUUACUAAUAUUCAGUGCCAAUUUGCUGACCAUCCUGAUUGGCCACUAAGCGCAUCGCCAGAUCCUGUGACCUGCAUUAAAGACAUAGGAUUGAUCUGCAGGUUCUCUGGAAAUGCUUUUGGCCAAUUUUGUAGUGACUACAGAAUUAGAGUUUGCUGCGAGCCAACUGAGACUACAACUGUCCCCACGACUACAACUGAGUCUACCACCAGUCCCACGACUGAAGAAACAACAACAACAACAACAACAACAACAACAACAACACCCACGACCACCACUGAAUCUACCACCAGUCCUACAACUGAAGAAACAACUCCCACGGUGACACCAAGCACCACCACCACCUACACAACAGAAAAAACAACAACUACAACAGAGCCAACCACAACCGAGUCUACCACCAGCCCCACAACUGAAAAAACUACAACAACAGCGACAACAACAACAACAGAAUCUACCACCAGUCCCACAACUGAAGAAACAUCAACUGUGACAUCAACCAGCAUUCCUUCCACAACAGUGCCAGUCUGUUUGGGUGUAUGGUCUCCUUGGUCUAAUAACCAUACACCAUCAGCGUCAUCUCCAGAUGAUUAUGAAUUGUUGAAACCAUAUGGCACUAAAUUGUGCCCAUCUACUUCCUAUGAAAUUACUAAUAUUCAGUGCCAAUUUGCUGACCAUCCUGAUUGGCCACUAAGUGCAUCGCCAGAUCCUGUGACCUGCAUUAAAGACAUAGGAUUGAUCUGCACGUUCUCUGGAAAUGCUUUGGGCCAAUUUUGUAGUGACUACAGAAUUAGAGUUUGCUGCGAGCCAACUGAGACUACAACUGUCCCCACGACUACAACUGAGUCUACCACCAGUCCCACGACUGAAGAAACAACAACAACAACAACAACAACAACAACAACACCCACGACCACCACUGAAUCUACCACCAGUCCUACAACUGAAACAUCUACAACAACCAGCACAACUGGGUCCACAACCACUUCCACAACUGAAGAAACAACUCCCACGGUGACACCAAGCACCACCACUACCUACACAACAGAAAAAACAACAACAACAACAGAGCCAACCACAACCGAGUCUACCACCAGCCCCACAACUGAAAAAACUACAACAACAGCGACAACAACAACAACAGAAUCUACCACCAGUCCCACAACUGAAGAAACAUCAACUGUGACAUCAACCAGCAUUCCUUCCACAACAGUGCCAGUCUGUUUGGGUGUAUGGUCUCCUUGGUCUAAUAACCAUACACCAUCAGCGUCAUCUCCAGAUGAUUAUGAAUUGUUGAAACCAUAUGGCACUAAAUUGUGCCCAUCUACUUCCUAUGAAAUUACUAAUAUUCAGUGCCAAUUUGCUGACCAUCCUGAUUGGCCACUAAGUGCAUCGCCAGAUCCUGUGACCUGCAUUAAAGACAUAGGAUUGAUCUGCACGUUCUCUGGAAAUGCUUUUGGCCAAUUUUGUAGUGACUACAGAAUUAGAGUUUGCUGCGAGCCAACUGAGACUACAACUGUCCCCACGACUACAACUGAGUCUACCACCAGUCCCACGACUGAAGAAACAACAACAACAACAACAACAACAACAACACCCACGACCACCACUGAAUCUACCACCAGUCCUACAACUGAAACAUCUACAACAACCAGCACAACUGGGUUCACAACCACUUCCACAACUGAAGAAACAACUCCCACGGUGACACCAAGCACCACCACUACCUACACAACAGGUGAGUGAUCACCUCUGUCAGUAGGUUAUUACCAGCCGUUAC